AUAUAAAGAGUCACCGGACAAGACCGUGGCAGCAGCAUAAACACUGAAAUGCUGGACUGCAGGGAACUUAGCCCCUGUUCACUAGGACUGCUCACUCCACGAGGCAACAGGCAAGCUUGGUCCAUGGCUCUCCUCGCCUCAGUUCGCAUUUGAUCCAUCUGCUUGCAGUUCUGAGUUCUCAGUGCUGAGGCCUCUCCUCUCCUGUGGGGGAGAUGGCAGCUCCCAGCCUGCCACAGGAGGGCCCUCAAGAAAGGGUUGGUGCAGAGAGGCGAGGCUCCUCCCCAGGCCUCCCCCAGCACCCACCCACUCUGGGAUCAGCCCGGUGGUCUUUAAGAGAGAUCCUCCCCGACUUCUCUGCCAUCACAUCUGCUCAGAAUCCCAGUCUAGCUCACUGCUGGGGCAGGAUGCGGGCCCCAGUAUUGCUUCUGGUUGUCCUGGCUCCCGUCAUGCAGGUAUCUUCCGACUUGAUGUUAAUCACUAGUAAUACUGGGGAGACUGCUUCCUUCCCUUGUGAUCUUACACAAGGGGCCACCUAUAUCCACUUGUACAAACAUGAGGAGGGGACGGCCCCCCGACGUCUUUUAUACUACAACAGCUACAACUCAAAGGCUGUGCUUGAAUCAGGAAUCAGUGGAACAAAAUACCAUGUGUAUAAGAGCACAGGGAGGAGGUAUACAUUUAGAAUCAUAAAUCUGCAAGCAAGUGAUUCCGGCAUAUACUACUGUGCUAUCUGGGAUAAGCACGUUGGCUGGAGGAAGAUAUUUGGAGAAGGAGCUAACAUCAUAGUAACUCCUCCUGAGAGAAACCUCGAGGCAGACACUUCCCCCAAGCCCACUGUUUUUCUUCCUUCAAUUGCUGAAAUCAACCAUGAUAAUGCUGGAACAUAUCUUUGUCUCCUGGAGAAGUUUUUCCCUGAUGUUAUUACAGUUUCUUGGAGAGCAAAAAAUGACAGAAGAGCUCUGCCAUCCCAGCAGGGAAAUACCAUGAAGACCAAGGACACAUACAUGAAGUUCAGCUGGCUGACUGUGACCGAAAACUCUAUGGAUAAACAACAUGUAUGUGUUGUCAAACACAAGAAAAAUAUAGGAGGAAUUGAUCAAGAGAUUAUUUUUCCUUCAAUAAAAGAAGUUGUCACCUCACUUGUCCCUACGACUGAGCCUCCUACUACUGAGCCUCCUACUACUGAGCCUCCAAAUGAUUGUUUGACCGAUGAAAGCAUUACAGAUACUGGUUCUAAAAAAGCUUGUCUGAAAGAUGGAAGUGAUACUAAUUCUACAAAGGCAUGUCUGGAAGGUGAAAGCAGUACCCUGCAGCUGCAGCUCAUGAACACCUCCGCCUAUUACACCUACCUCGUACUCCUGCUCCUGAGCGCAGUCUACUUUGUUGUCAUCGUUUCCUGUGUGUUUAGGAGAACAGGAGUCUGCUGUGACGGGAAGAUCUCAUAAUGGGGGGCGCUACUGAGAGGUCAACUUUCCUUCAUCAUCUAUAGUCCCAGAAAGUCUCUGCUUGCUUUUUGGUUUGGGUUAUCUCAGUUCAGAUGUGUAUUUAUCUAUGAUGUCAUAAUUGUCCCACCCCCAAGUCCUUUCAACUCCUGAGCGCACACUGUGGGCAGCUCCCUGUCUCCUCCCUCAGCACCUCCACCCAGACCAUGACCCUGACCCUCCCUGUCACACACCCUGGAGAAGCCAGCUUUGCCGCUCGAAUUCUGUACUUAGAUUUUCAUAACAAGCACAAUAAAUACAAAAGAAUCACAA